GCUAAGCUAGAAAACUGCUGCAUUGCCCCAUUCCAGCUAAUAUUUCAGUAACAAUGUCUUCAGUUCAGCAUCUCAGAGAGUUUAUCAGAGAGAGACUAACUGCUGCUGCUCAAGAAAUCUUCACCGAGGUUGAAAAAACCAUCAUUUGCUACGAGGAAGAGCUCGAUGCUCAGCGCAGAAUGAUGGGGAUCAACUGGAAACCAGAAAUUAAGCUACACAGAAUCGGUUCGGAGCUGCAGAGACAAAGUUCUGACCUCCAAAAGCCAAGUGUCUCCAAUGAGGAUGAAGCUUCUGCCAUCCAACAAGCCUUUAGCCUGGCAAGUAGGUCCAGUCAGGACCAGAAAGAAGCAGAACCUCAGUGGACUGAAGAGGAACAGAUGGAACCACAACAAAAAUGGAUGAAAGGAGAGGAUGAACCAGAACCUACACUGCUCAAAGAUAAGGAAAUAGAAUUUCCACUAACAUAUGUAAAAGAAGAGGAACUAGAGUCUUCAGUGCAUCAACAUGAACAGCAGCCACCAGAACAUUUACCAACUGGACAGAACCAGAAGAACCUCUGCAGCAGUCAGGAGGGAGAGCAGCUUGUCCAGAAGCAGUUUGUUGCUUUGAUUGAGACUUCUACUCUUCAGGAAGAUGAUAUGAAUGAAGAAAAAGGAAAAACAGAGCAGCUUUCCCUUCUUAUCUCUCCAGUGGUUGAGAGCAAAGAUCAGGAAGGAAGCAGCUCCUCUGAGUCAGAGAGUCAAUCUGAUACCAGUACAAAGAAAACAUCUUUCAAAUGUGACAUUUGUGGGAGAUGUUACCCACAACAGUACAAAUUAAAAAACCAUUACAAAACGCACACUGGACCUAAGGCGAUUCAUACAGGUGAGAGGCCUUUUUCAUGCCAGUUAUGCGGAAAGAGAUUCUCUCGGCUUGGUAAUUUAAAGGUUCACAAAAGAACUCAUACAGGUGAGAAGCCUUUUUCAUGUCAGUCCUGUGGAAAAAGUUUCUGUCAAAUUAGUAUUUUAAAUCGUCACAAGACAAUACAUACGGGUGAGAGGCCUUUUUCAUGCCAGUCAUGCGGAAAGAGAUUCUCUCGGCUUGGUAAUUUAAAGAAUCACAAAAGAACUCAUACAGGUGAGAAGCCUUUUUCAUGUCAGUCCUGUGGAAAAAGUUUCUGUCAAAUUAGUAUUUUAAAUCGUCACAAGACAAUUCAUACAAGUGAGAAGCCUUUUUCUUGUCAAACAUGUGGGAGAAGAUUCAGUCGAAAGGAUAAUUUGAACAUUCACAUGAAAACUCAUACAGCUCGGAGACUGCUUUGAAACCAAACUUGUGAAAAAAUUUGCUUUGAAAUUUAUUACUUAUUCUCUUUAGAACCCACAUGGGUGAGAUGUGUUUCCCACAUAAAAUAUGGUGGGGAAAGUGUUCUUUUAUUAUAGUAAACUGAAUUUUCACAUAACGCAGAAGUAACAAUUAGGCAUUUAACUUGCACAGAUUGACUGUAAUAAAUAUUAAGCAAUGUCUUGGAUUGUUUUCACUUUGCAAAAUACAUUAGAGGGCUGUACAGUGGUGCAGUUGGUAGAGCUGUUGCCUGGGUUCGAUUCCCGGCCCGGGGUCUUUCUGCAUGGAGUUUGCAUGUUCUCCCUGUGCAUGGUGGGUUCUCUCCGGGUUCUCCGG